AUGAGAUACAGACAGGACUGGCAAGGACUGGUGUCUGCCGUGCUGGCAAACGACGACGUGAUGAUGGUGAUAAGGCCAGGAGAGCACGGGUCAACCUACGGCGGCAACCCACUGGCCUGCAAGGUUGGCAUUGCAGCCCUUACUGUCAUGGAGGAAGAGAAACUGGCGGAGAAUGCAGAAAAGAUGGGAAAUAUUCUGAGGGAUGAGCUGGCAAGUCUCCCUAAGGAUAUUGUCUCUAUUGUUCGUGGCAGAGGUCUUCUCAACGCGAUAGUGAUUAAUGAUAAAUUCGACGCAUGGGACGUUUGCUUACAGCUCAAACAGAACGGCCUGCUUGCCAAACCUACACAUGGCGACAAGAUAAGGUUUGCCCCGCCCUUGACCAUCACAGAGGAGCAACUGCUGGAGUGCACCCAAAUUAUUCGCAAAACUGUGCUGAGUCUGUAG